AUGAUUCCUGCCGGCACUUCAGGACAGGCAGAAACAGCACCCCGUGAAAAUGCCAUAGAAAUGAUAGAAGAGGAGCGGGAUGUCCAAUCUGGAAGUGACAGAUGUGAGACCAGAGAGGUCCCUUCUGUUUCCAACAACAGACAAGACAGAGCAAAUGAAUCAUUCCUAUCCUUCAGCUUUCCUCAGAAACUAUGGAAAAUGCUGGAAAGUGAUCAGUUUCGGUCUGUUUGGUGGAGUAAUGGUGGAAAACACGUGGCAAUCGAUGAACAACUCUUCAAAGAGGAGGUCCUAGGCAGGGAAGGACCUUCACGGAUUUUUGCCAAGAAGAGCAUGAAGAGUUUCCUCAAGCAUAUGAAGCUCUACGGAUUCACUGAAAUACAGCAGGAUUCCCAAAGAUCUGCUUCCUUGGCUGAAUUCCUAGCUGAAGAAGCAGCAUAUUCUGCUCACAGCCAGGUACUGUAUUACUACUGCCCUAGCUUUAACCGAGAGCAUCCCCACCUCCUGGAGAAGUGCAAGAGAAAAGCUGGUGUCAAAAGGAGAGCCCUAGAUGCACUUGAAUUGGGUGAAAACAUCCCCCCACAACCUGCACAAGUCAGAAGACUCCCAAGGCUGCAGGGGAGACGCAAGUAUAUCUACCUGCGAUAA